AGGGGGGCCCCCCCUGCUGCCUCCAUGCCGGGGAUGGGGAGCCUGCGGCUGGGCAGCCGCGCCGUGAUGUACACGGCCGAGACCCUGCCCAAGGGCAAGAACCGAGUGAUGGGGACCAUUCAGAUCAUGACCGGUUUCAUGCACAUCGGCUUCGGGAUCGUCCUGACCACGCUCACCAACGUCUACACCUCCGUCUUCAUCAUCGGCGAGAUCCCCUUCCUGGGCGGCGUGUCUUUCAUCAUCUCAGGCUGCCUCUCCAUCGGGGCGGAGAAGAGCCCCACGGAGUGUGCGGUGAAGGGCAGCCAGACCAUGAACAUCAUCAGCGCCAUCUUUGCGCUGCUGGGCAUCGUUGCCUUCAUCGUAGACCUCAACCUGAACGGGCUCUACCGCUCCGGCUUCGACUACUACAGCUAUCUCGUCCUGCUCGCAGGGAACGGGAUUUCCAUCGUGCUGCUCAUCUUCACCAUCCUGGAGUUCUGCAUCGCCGUGGCCACCGCCAGCUUCUGGUGCCGGGCCACCCGCCUCAGCCCCAACGAGGCCAUGCUGAUCGUGCCCAGCACCACGCAGGUGGACCUGGCGGUGCCGCUGGCUGACCUGCCGCAGCCGCCCAGCUACACCGAGGUGAUCUACGACCCCAAAGAACAGCCCAGCUAGAAGCGGAGCCGGGGCUGGGCUGCCUCCCAGAAGCAGCAUCCGUCCCCUGCCUGCAUGACAGACCUCCUCCCGCUGCCACCGGUGCCUCCCACCCCAUAACCCCCCCAGGAAAGCAUGCCCCCCCCCCCCCAUCCCCGGGGAGCACCCUGGCACCUCCGCCUCGCCGCACCCGGUGUCGCUCCAAGCGUGGGCGCGCACGGGAGGCGGAGGAGAGGCCGGAGACCCCAUGGGGUGGUGGGUGCUGGGGGGCCACGCUGAGCCCCGUGUGUGUGUCCCCCCCCCCCAGAAGCAGCAGCUCUUGGGUUUCUUUGCAGCUGGCCACCCCCGAAGUCUAGCGAGGCGCUGGCCCUGAGGACGUCGGUGCGGGGUCCUGCCUCCACGCUCCCAAAAACCGUCCCCAGCCGGCUACAGCACCCUCCUCCCACUGCGCCGCAGGCUGGGGCAUGCUGGCCCCCCCCUCCUGAAAGCCAGCCGGCACCCCGAAUUUGUCCCCUCCCUGCCCGUCUCUGCGUUAGGCCUCAAAGAGGGGCUCUUCGCCUGCUGGCUGCUUUGGAGAAGGGGCUUCUCAGGGGAGCGGGGGGGGAUUUCGGGACUUCCUGGGGUGUUUCUGCCUGUAAGUACCCAGCUGGCUGUGGGAGUCGGGGUUCGGGACCCCCUCGAGGUCUGGCGGCCCCGUAGCAGGUAGCUUAUAGACGCCCCGACGUAUGCCAGGAGCCGUGCGGGUGCUGGA